GCAAGCGGACAACAUUUCCCAGGAGGCAGCAGGGCGGCCGGGGAGGCGUGGGGGCGGAGCCUCACGUCUGGUACAGUCAUCCCAAGCCUUUUCGGUGGGACUGUGAUGGCCGGAGAGAUGACGAUCUUAGGAUCAGCUGUGUUGACUCUCCUGUUGGCUGGCUAUUUGGCACAACAGUAUUUGCCCUUGCCGACUCCUAAAGUGAUUGGCAUUGACCUUGGUACAACCUACUGUUCUGUUGGAGUGUUUUUUCCUGGCACAGGAAAAGUGAAGGUCAUUCCAGAUGAAAAUGGGCAUAUCAGCAUACCCAGCAUGGUAUCCUUUACUGACAGUGACGUGUAUGUGGGGUAUGAAAGCUUAGAGCUGGCAGAUUCAAAUCCUCAGAACACAAUAUAUGAUGCCAAAAGAUUCAUUGGCAAGAUUUUUACCCCAGAAGAGCUGGAGGCUGAAGUUGGCAGAUACCCAUUUAAGGUUUUAAGCAAAAAUGGAAUGGUUGAGUUUUCUGUGACAAGUAAUGAGACCAUCACCGUCUCCCCAGAGUAUGUUGGCUCUCGACUGCUGUUGAAGUUAAAGGAAAUGGCAGAGGACUAUCUUGGAAUGCCAGUUGCUAAUGCUGUCAUUUCUGUACCAGCGGAAUUUGAUCUAAAACAGAGAAAUUCAACAAUCGAAGCGGCAAACCUUGCAGGACUGAAGAUCUUGAGAGUAAUAAAUGAACCUACAGCAGCUGCUAUGGCCUACGGUCUCCACAAGGCUGAUGUCUUUCACGUCUUGGUAAUAGAUUUGGGCGGAGGAACUCUAGAUGUGUCCUUACUAAAUAAACAAGGAGGAAUGUUUCUAACCCGAGCAAUGUCUGGAAACAAUAAACUUGGAGGACAGGACUUCAAUCAGAGAUUGCUUCAGUACUUAUAUAAACAGAUCUAUCAAACAUACGGCUUCCUCCCCUCUAGGAAAGAGGAGAUCCACAGAUUAAGACAAGCUGUGGAAAUGGUCAAGUUAAACCUGACCCUUCAUCACUUGGCACAGAUGUCAGUAUUACUCACGGUGGAGGAAAAGGAUAGGAAGGAACCUCAAAGUAGUGGCACUGAACUGCCAAAGGACACGCUGUCCCCAGCAGAUGGCCACGAUGUGAACAGUGUGUUUGGAGCUGGCCUUUCUGAAAAGAAAAGUGGAGAAAAUCAGGUUUUAUUUGAAACGGAAAUAUCACGGAAGCUCUUUGACACCCUUAAUGAAGACCUCUUCCAGAAAAUACUAGUACCCAUUCAACAAGUAUUAAAGGAAGGCCACCUGGAAAAGACCGAGAUUGAUGAGGUGGUUUUAGUUGGGGGUUCUACUCGUAUUCCUCGAAUCCGCCAAGUCAUUCAGGAGUUUUUUGGAAAGGAUCCGAACACAUCUGUAGACCCUGACCUGGCAGUGGUGACAGGAGUGGCUAUCCAAGCAGGAAUUGACGGAGGCUCUUGGCCUCUCCAAGUCAGUGCUUUAGAAAUUCCCAAUAAGCAUUUACAAAAAACCAACUUCAACUGAGUUAUGGAGGAUUAGUUAUUGUUUGUGAUCGUAUUUGAUGACCCCUUCCCUUUGAUCAGAUUGCCUUCUCCAAAAAAAGAAAGUCUCUGUCUAAAAUAUCUUAAAACUUUACCUAGAAGGCAACAUUUAGGUAACGUGAAAAUUUUACUUAUCAUUUUGUUUAGGAUCAGAUGUGACCAUAUUCAUCCUUAUUUGAUUUUGGAGAGGCCCCAUUCUAACAAAUACAUUCUAAAAUGAUAGAUAAAAUUUACGUAAAACUCUCUCAUAGGAGCAUGGAUGGCUCUAUUUUCUGGAUUCUGGAAGUAGAUAACCAUAAGAACUUAAAAUUAUAUUCUGUAAAAAUUAAAUAGUGCCAACUAUAAGAUUCCCAGUUGUUACUAAAUUGCAUUAGCAGGAGCUGGUAAUGUAUUUACUUGGUUAUUACAUGUAACUAAUAAUUUGAACUAUACUGGAAAAACAGUGUUGAUGUCAAGUAUUUGCACUGACUGGGAGAUAACAGUAUUAUCAACAUAAGCUGCAUAUCUAAUAUUCAUUAACUGCCAUAUUGUAUAACAAGUUUACUUUCACAAAUUCAGUAUCCCAUUAUUUGUCCUACUCAAGUAAUCUUUAUUUUCCAGAUUUCUUGAUUUAUUUAAGAAAUGAAGCAAUUUAUUUUCUUUCUAAAGUAGCUACAGACUUACUCUAAUGUUUCAAUACCAGAUAGUGGAAAUACCCUAUUUAUAUUCUAGUUUUACCUUCUGCUGAGCUUCAUUCUCUGCUUGGAUUUCCAUGAUUCUGCGUUGUUAGAAAACAAUCGAGAAUUAUUAAAUGCAUUUUUCCAGUGUGUUAAUGUCACAAUAAAAGCCACCAUUACUAUCUGUAUUUUUGCUAUUUGAGACUAUUGCAGACAUUGGUGAUUAGCUACUGUAUUUGUUUUUCUUUUUUGGUUUAGUUUCUUUGCUUAUUUUCAGUAAGCGGUGGAGAUUUUAUCUUGCAUUUGAGCUAUCAAAGGGUACUUGGUUCACUCUUACUGAGAUUUCCCCCAUGUUUAUUUUUAAAUGGGGAAAAGGUGCUCAGUUUUAAAAGCCCUGUUCUUGUUUCCUAUUGUAAUUUUAAAAUAAUCAUAUUUGGACUAUUUUCAGCCUUAAAGUUAGUGUGUAAUUAGAGUAAAAAAUGUGAGUGCUGGAAACAAUGUGGAAAUGAGCUGAAAUCUAAGCAUUUGUAACAGUUUUUUUGUUUCUUUUUAGAAAAAGGCAUAGGGACCAAGAAAAAAAUACAUAGUUUUAUUUCUGUGAUAACCCAUAGUAUUUGAAGACAUAUGUAUAUAUUUUUUUCCUUAAUAGAAGCAUGCUUCAUAUUAAUAUUCAAAAAUUAUAACCUGCUCAAUAUCCUUGUUAAUGUAAAGAUUGUCUGCUUUAUCCAUUGUUGAAUUUGAAAGAAUGUUGCAUUUCCAAUCAUUGAAAAAGAGAACUAAGCAAAUUCAUUUCAGUAACAUCAAAACAUUGCAGCUUUUCAUAGUAAAAAACUGUACGUUUUUCUUAAUAUUUUGCAGAUCUAAAAAAAAACGUUAGCAAUGAAAUUGCUGUUGAAACACAAAUUUCAGUCAGAUACUUUUGUGUACAGGAUGUCUGUCAUGGGUAGAUAGAAAAUAUAAAAUGCUGGUGUGUUUUUAGAACUAACGGAGAAACGCCAAAGAUGGAUCCCUCACUGCGUUCUGAAAAUAUUCGGGUGUUCUCUUAGACUUUUGAUAAAGGUCUUUUUGUAAAGGUCUUUGUUUAAAAGUAUUCAGUUUAUCUCAAUCUCCUCAUUUAGUAUCAAUUUUAAUCUACAAUAUUUCAAGGUUAAAAAAAAAAACUUGAUUUCUUAAAUAUUUGAGAUAGUUCGAGACAACCUGUUAACACUUUUUAGAGGAAACCGUUUGAAAAACAGUAUAGUCAAUCUCAUACUACAACUGGAAUUUACAUAAUUUUUCUGAAAUAUGGAACAGCAGUGUUGGGAUUUUGGGGCAGUAGUUUAGCAUAUUCUCUAGCAUAAUUAUACUUUUAAAAAAUGAAAGAAUGUCUUCAAUCAUAUUUUAGAAACUGUAUAUAAAUCGUCUUGAAAUCAAUGUAGUUUAUUUAUUUAAAGAUAAGAAUACAUGCUGAAAAGGAUCAUUUAUGCCUAACAGUCUGAAGACAUUUUUCACAAAGCAAACUUAAUAUACUUUCAUUGCACAUCUAGCUAGUGUUUUUUGAAGUCUAUACCGUUUAAAAUAUUAAGUGUCUUGUAUGAUUAGAAUAUGUGGAUGAGUAAUUUAUUUUGUAUCAGGAAUGUUUCAGUACUGUGUUUUCACUUAAACCACUGACUUACCAACAGGUACUGUCCUGUAACGUGUACUGAAUUUACAGUUACUGUGUACAACAGAUUGUGCCUCUUAAAUUGGUGUGUAUAAGGGUAGUUCACGUUUUAAUGUAAAUAAAUACCAUUUUGCAGUUUGUUUUUUAAAC